AUGAAGCAGGUCCAGCAGAGGACCUUAGAGAUGGAUGGGAGACUGGAGCAUCUUGCUUAUGAGGAAAGCCUGAGAGAGCCAUUGUGUAUCCUGGAUAGGAGGCAACUGAGAAGGGACCAUCAAUGCUUGCAAAUAUCUUUAAGGGCAGUUGACAAGAGGAUGGGACAGGACUUUACAGUGGUGCCCGGGGAUGGGAAAAGGGGCAAAAGGCACCAACUGAAACACAGGAAGUUCCAUCUGAAUAUGAGAAAAAUCUUCUCUACUUUGAGGUUGACAGAGCACAGCAACUUCUACCCUUUGCAGCUUGUUUUGAAAGGAAAGCGCUGGGUACAGGGACACUCCGCGGUCCCGGUGGAAUGGGCGGCCCGGGCCCUGCUCCGCCCCCGCUGGCCCGCAGGGGGCGCGCGCCCGCCUCGGCCGCGCUCAGCGCCCGCCCCGCUGGGCCCGGGGAUCCGGGGCCGCCGCGGGGGCUCCGAUCGCUCUCCUCAGGCGGGGAUGGCGGCGGAGGACGAGGCGGAGCUGAGCCUGCUGGAGUGCCGGGUGUGCUUCGAGCCGUACGGCCCCGACGGGCAGCGGCGGCCGCUCAACCUGCCCUGCGGGCACGUCCUCUGCCGGGGCUGCGUGGGGGCCCUGGCCGGCGCCGAGCGCCAGAGGUUGGAGUGUCCCUUCUGCCGGCGGCUCUGCGGGCCCGCCGAGACCAGCGAGUGCCGCCCGCUGCUGCAGCUGCUGGAGCUCCUGGGCCCCGCCGGCGGCGGCCUCGCCUCGGCCCUGGGCAGGAGCGGCGGCGGGACGGCGGCGGCGGCCCCCGCGGGGCUCGGGCUGCGGCUGUGCCUGGGGGGCUGGGGGUCGCUGGUGAACCCCACCGGGGUGGCGGCCUGCCCCGGCUCGGGCCGCCUGGCAGUGGCACACGACGGCAAGAAGAGGAUCCACGUCUUCGGGCCGAGCGGGUUCUGCCUGCGGCGGUUCGGGGAGCGAGGGGACGCGAACAACGACAUCAAGUAUGCGCUCGAUGUGACGGUCACGUCGGACGGACACGUGGUGGUCACCGACGGCGGGGACUGCUCCGUGAAGGCCUUCGAUUCUGAGGGAAGGGGGGUCCUGGCCGUCCGGGAAGGCUUCUGUUUGCCAUGGGGCUUGGAUGCCACCGCCAAGAGCGAAGUAAUCCUGACCGACUCGGAGGCUGGCGCGCUGUACCGCUUGGCGGCCGACUUCCAAAGGGGGGAAUUAAAGAAGUGUCAGAUGAUCCGGUCUCGGCUUGUCAGCCCCAGAGCUGUUGCUGUCUGCCAGAGCUCGGGUGCUGUCGUGGUGGUAGAGCACCUGAAAGCUCGAGGAGCGAGCAAGGGCAGCAGCCGAGUGACGAUAUUCAGUGCGGAGAUGGAUCUCAUCGGCCAGAUGGACAGCUUCGGUCUGAACCUCGUUUUCCCCUCCAGAAUAUAUGCUACGGCUGUGGCCUUUGACAGAGAAGGUCGUGUUAUAGUAACGGAUGUUUGUAGCCAGGCUGUCAUAUGCUUAGGGAAACCUGAGGAAUUUCCCAGCUUUAACCCUCUAAUUAGCCACGGGCUUUCUUAUCCUGUCGGACUGACUUACACGGCUAACGAUUCCCUCGUCGUUUUAGACAGUGGUGAUCAUUCAGUGAAAGUAUAUAGCUCUACCUGAGUGGGCUUAAAUGCUUCCUGCUGCAGGCUCAAGCUGCUUCUGGCCAUAAAGCGUGCGGAGUUCUGGAGUUUGUAGGAGUGGAGGGAGGAGGCGGUUUUUUGGGCUUUGAGUGUGAAAUCACCCUCUGACCAACACACAGUGCUUCCUGCAAAACUUGUGUCACGUCCCUUGCCUACCUGUGGGAGAGGACCUGGCUAUUGCUGCCUGUAGCCAACAACUAAUCAACCAAACAAAUCACUUAGCAUUUUAAAACUAUUCCAUGCCUUGACAACCAAGUGGUUUUGGGGUUUUUGACACGUAAUCAAAGACCAGCACGUGUGCAAGUAAUGCAUCAUUUAUUUACAUUUCCCAGCACAUAGUUACCAGUAUGCUUAAUUAAGUAUAGAUACACUCCUGACAGAACUGUUUCCAGGGACUGUGCACAAGGAAGGAGAUUGCCUUGACAGCAUGAUAGGAGAAAUUGAAGCCUCCAUUCAAGGUUGCAUAAAUCCAGCUAAAAUCAUUGUGAUGGAGGAGCCACCACUGAUGAGUGAGUUAUGAGAAGUGAAAUCAUGUUCAAAGUCUAUUUUUUCCAGGAAAAUGCAUUUCUGGGGGCACUCUUUUCUCUGCUAGUUUAUUCCCACCUUUAGUAAGGUUGUACUGGAGCACUUUGUCUUCCUCUAAAGUGCCCAAGUCUGUGUCUUAACCUGGAGAUAAUCUGGUGUGUGGUUACACAGCGUGGGCUGCUUGCCUAAAAGCCUCUUGAAGUAUUCACGUUUAGACCACAAGUACUCCUGCAUUAUGUAAGUUUGAGUUGGCUCUGCUGCUAACACGGCUACAUGUAGGAGGUUUUCAGCACUACCUGCCCCUGUUUUGCCAUUAAUAUGGUGUUUUUGCACUCCCAAACCCCAGAAUUCAACUGCAAAUUGAAAUGUUAGUGAGAGGUAAACCUCUUUUUUGUAGCUUCCAAAUGAGAUUUUGUUGAUUGCGAACACACAGGAGAUUUAGAUCAGUUUAUAUUCUCUUGUUUUACUCACAGUGAUACUAUAUUCUCAUUUAUAUUAUCACAGUUUUACUGUGGACACAGGUCCUUUUGCCUUAUUUCAUAGUGGAAAUUAGGGUAUAUAGGACUUAUUUUGAGAAGGAUUUAAUACCCCCACUAGAAGUCACUGCUGCAUUUUUAGGCAUUUAUGUGCUGCUAAAAUGAUUACUUAGUUCAGCAUUAAAAUGAAGUUAGAUAUAAAUGUGAAUGCUAUCUGAAGUAGAGAUGAGUAGGUUAAAAUGGCAUAAAACUUUUGGGGUAAUUUCUUUUUUUAAGUAAGUGAAGUCAUUAAUAUUAACUAAUGUAAUUUGAAAUUCACAGGCAUUCUAUCAGUAAAUUUUUUAUCUGGCUUUUGGUCUGACUUCAGGGCAUUUAAUAACUGCAUGUGUUACAGCACCCGUGAUUUGCCAAAUACUUGCAUUAAAUUGGAGCAGUUUAGCCCUCUAAUUCAGCCAAUGUGUUAAUCUGUCUCAUGUCAGCAUUUAUAUAAACAAACCAAAUCUAUUAAUUGCAGCUAUUUGUAAAGGGUAAUUGAACAGUGACCUGACAAUAAAGUGUGAUUUGCUUACUUCUAUAUUUUAAUAACUUAGUGAUAAUUCCUCAUGUUUUUUCAUCACAUUUCCUUGUUACAACACCAUUUCUGUAUUGCUGUUGCCCUGUAGAUGUUUUUUUCUUCUAUUUGGUGAUAUCCUGCAGAAAUUGCUGUAGAGUCAUUUUUUGCUAUUGAAAAUUAUAUGGAUGUGCAAAGUUGGUAUUUUUCAGCCUCCUCUACUGCCUAGCCAGAGAGCAAGUGCCUUUGGAAGAACCAGAAAUCCUCCUUGGCUGUUCUGCAGUGUGAGCUGUAUGGCCCUGAGCAGGAGCCCAGCAGGGAGGUCAGGAAGGAAAUUUGCUCAGAGAAGGAG